GACACCUGCCGAAUGACCUCCGUCAACACGCCCAGAGAGAGGAAGUCGUCAAGUCCUCAUUUCCGGAACAAGCUGCAUAGUUAGCUUCCUCUUCCAGUGUGCAACGUCAGCGGCUACAGAAUACUGAUAUCUCUGCAGAGAAAGAGAGGAACAGAAGAGAAUACAAUGGAUCAAGUAAUGCAGUUUGUGGAGCCCAGUCGUCAAUUCGUAAAGGAUUCAAUCAGACUUGUGAAAAGAUGUACAAAGCCUGACAGGAAAGAAUUUCAGAAGAUUGCCAUGGCAACAGCAAUUGGAUUUGCCAUUAUGGGAUUCAUUGGUUUCUUUGUAAAGCUUAUCCACAUCCCCAUUAAUAACAUUAUUGUUGGUGGUUAAGACUUUUCAACUGACCUCAUGCAGUUAGGGUAGGGAAUGAAGAUGGGAGGACACCAAGGAACAUUACUUCAAUAUUUUACGCUGUUAUAAAUAAAAGUCUCAUUUGGAAUUA